AUGGCCACCACCGCCGUCGCCGAUAUCCCCACCGUUGAGCUCCUCUACAAGCUUGGCAAGCUCUCCGCCCCCGCGAAGCCCCUCCACGCCCCCAACCUGUCGCACAACCAAAAGGUCGCCGUUAUCCGCGGCGACAUCACGAAGCUCGGUGUCGACGCCAUCGUCAACGCCGCCAAUAAGAGUCUGCUCGGAGGAGGUGGUGUCGACGGCGCCAUUCACCGCGCCGCCGGUCGCGGUCUUCUGCAGGAGUGCCGCACCCUCAACGGCUGCCAGACCGGCUCGUCCAAGAUCACCGGCGCCUAUGACUUGCCUUGCAAGAAGGUCAUCCAUACCGUCGGCCCCGUCUACGAUGAGCUCGCACCUGAGACCUCCGAGGAGCAGCUGAAGGGCUGCUACCAGUCCAGCCUGGAGCUCGCUGUCCAGAACGGCUGCCGCAGCAUCGCUUUCAGCGCUAUCAGCACUGGCGUCUACGGAUACCCUAGCCGCGAGGCUGCGCCCGUCGCCGCUGGUGUCGUGAGGAAGUUUCUCGACGGAGAGAACGGCAAGAAGCUGGACAAAAUCGUAUUCUGCACCUUCGAGAUGAAGGAUGUCAAUGCUUACAACGAGACCCUGCCUCUCUUCUUCCCUCCCACGGACAAAACGACAACCCACGACCAGGUCUCCGAUGGUCCCUCCAAGCAGGAGACAGAGGAGGCAAAGGCGAUCGCGGCUGAGCUUCCUACCGUCCCGAAGACCGAACCCUCUUCAUAA